GGCAGCUGCAGACUCCCCCAACAGGUCCCGUGAAGGGGUUCAGCUGUUUCCAUCACAUUCAGACUGCUUUGUGCAUUGAAAACAUAAAUCAGUAGAAACAUUUAGUUAUACGUUAGCUUUUAUAAUCAGGCUGGGAUGACUUGCUUGUAAAACAAAAGGACGAUGCAUCUAUGAAUGGAUACUGAGGUGUCAAGUUAACAUCCACAUUAAUGUGAAAGAUGGUGUUUUUCGUUUUUGGAUAUGUCUGCAGGAUGUGUGAGGUGGAUGCUGAGCCAAGCAGUGAGAAGCGUGUGUGGCGUCAACCUUGUUUACAGGGCAUCAGCAUCAAGGUUUCGAAUAUGCAUGGAAAGACAGAACAUUGCCGCUGCGUCCUGGAGAUGGUCUAAUUUCUCAACAGAAGUAUCUGACACAGAACACACACCUGAGCCGAAGAAAAAAAAGGCAGCUCUCCGAACUAAUGUCCCAAUUGGCAGUGUGGGCCGUAAGAUCCCCCACCGUCAAAUCCAGGUGAUAAGUGAGGAUGGGGAGGACCUGGGCACACUGCACCGUGCAGACGUAGUGAGAAUCAUGGAUGAAAAGGGUCUGAAACUGGUGCUGCUUCAUGAAAAGAAAGACCCUCCAGUUUACCAGCUGAUGAGCGGCAAACAGAUCCACGAGGAGCAGCUGAAACAGCGAGAGAAAAAGAAAGCAAAAGCAGCUCAGGUGCAGGUGAAGGAACUCACCUUUUCAGCGGGCAUUGCGUCUCAUGACCUCGCCACCAAGCUGAAACAGGCGGAGAGCUGGCUGGAGAAGAAACAUCACGUCAGGAUUACUCUGCGGUCUGCGCAUGGGGACGCCAACGCCAGCCCGGUCACCGCUCUGGAGCAAAUGGUGGAACAAAUGGAAGUGAUGUUGGGAUUCAUCUCCAAACCGCAAGCCAUACGUGACGGCCGGGCAGCCAUGUGCAUCCUCCGCCCGCCUUCAGCCAAAGAACUGCAGCAAAUGAAGCAGGCCGGAAAGCCUCCGUCCGCUGACGCCACUGCAUCUCAGAGCAAGACGUCCUCUGUUAGCAGCACAGACACAACAGAACAGUCGCCUCAGCCGUGAUGGGGAGGGAAUUGCAACUUUUCUUUUUAACAGAGCGGUGCUUAAAUGUCCCGGUCUGCUGCUGGAGUGAGACUGUGAGCGAUGUGUAACGAGAGGUGAUGAACAAACUGCUGGAACAACCCUUCACACACAGGAUCAGAGACCAGAGGGGGCGUGGCGACUGUGCUCCAAAGACUGCAAAACAGCAAAUGUUUUUGGUGGUUUCCCUCUUACAUGCAAAUAAUAAAGGUUGAUAAAGUU